UUAUUGGUGCCAGGCUUGGCAUUAUCAUCUUCCUCGCUCUCAAUUUCUUCCGUCUCCAUCAUCCCUUUGCUCAUCUGCUGGAUCCUUGAAAUCCAGCGGUGAAUCAUCCCAAACGGGGAUUGCCUAUUCUUCUCUACUAUCCCCGCUUCUCACUUUCUGCUUCGCGUUUCCCUGCGACCCAGCCCUCUGGACAUGGCACCACGAACUCCAAGACUGGUGGUGCCCAUCGACGUGAAGAAAAAGCCAUGGGAACAAAAGCUUCCCCUCCAUAAUCGCUGGCACCCACACAUACCCCCUGUUGCAGAUGUAAAGGAAGGGGAGCUCUUUCGAGUGGAGAUGAUGGAUUGGACGGGAGGAUGCGUGGGGGACAAUGACUCGGCUGCAGACAUAAAGUUUUUGGACCUCACCAUUACCCAUUACCUCAGUGGGCCCUUGAGAGUUUUAGAUACAAAAGGAGUUCCGGCAAAGGCUGGUGACCUUCUUGCUGUUGAAAUCUGCAACUUAGGUCCACUUCCAGGUGAUGAAUGGGGUUAUACAGCAACGUUUGAUAGAGAAAACGGUGGUGGCUUCUUAACCGACCACUUCCCUUCCGCAACAAAAGCAAUCUGGUAUUUUGAAGGAAUAUUCGCAUACUCCCCUCAUAUUCCAGGAAUAUUGCUCUGUUCAACAGGUGUUCGAUUUCCAGGUUUAACUCACCCUGGGAUAGUUGGAACUGCACCUUCACCCAAACUUUUGUCUAUUUGGAAUGAAAGGGAAAAGAAAUUAGCAGAAGGUGGCGCUGGAUCUCUGACAUUAUGCGAAGUCUUGCAUCAACGGCCACUUGCCAACCUACCAACUGUGAAGAAUUGCCUUCUUGGAUUGAUUGAAGAAGGGACACCAGAAUGGGAAAGGAUUGCAAAUGAGGCUGCAAGGACAAUCCCUGGAAGGGAAAAUGGAGGGAAUUGCGACAUCAAAAAUCUAAGUAGGGGUUCAAAGGUAUAUCUUCCAGUAUUUGUAGAUGGAGCAAAUCUUAGUACUGGUGACAUGCACUUUUCGCAAGGUGAUGGUGAAGUUUCAUUUUGUGGAGCAAUAGAGAUGAGCGGAUUCCUUGAGCUCAAGUGUGAGAUCAUAAGAGGCGGAAUGAGAGAGUAUCUAACACCCAUGGGCCCCAGCCCACUGCAUGUGAAUCCAAUCUUUGAGAUAGGACCUGUGGAGCCUAGGUUCUCAGAGUGGUUAGUCUUUGAGGGCAUCAGUGUGGAUGAGGCUGGGCGGCAGCACUACCUCGAUGCCACAGUUGCCUACAAGCGUGCAGUCCUCCAUGCCAUCGACUACCUCUCAAAAUUUGGAUACUCCAAAGAGCAGGUUUAUCUGCUACUGUCUUGCUGCCCCUGUGAAGGGAGGAUUUCAGGAAUUGUGGACUCGCCCAAUGCUGUUGCAACCCUUGCCAUCCCUACUGCCAUUUUUGAUCAGUAUGACUAUGAUGCAAUGGGAGCAAAGGACGUACGGCCAAAAUCUGGGAAAAUACCGGCAGGACCGCAAAUUGUGAAGAGAACACCAGACAUCCUAAAGUGCACAUAUGAUGGAAAUUUGCCCAUCACACCAAACCCAGCGGCAGGAUUACAGGAUUAAUAAAAGUCAUUCCUACCUGUUCCUUAGUUGCCGUUUUUCUGAAAGUAUUUGGGCAAUGGUCAUAACAUAUUCGAAUCUAAGAGGUUGGCCCUCCAAUCUGCAUGAAUUAUGGCCUUCCAAUCUUAAGAGGCAAGGGAUCAACUUAUUUGUUUCCUUUGGCACAUUUGGUUGGAACACAAUGGAAGAGUCUUCCUCAAGAAUCACCGUUCGAUCUACUCAGUCCUUGCACACAAUGGGAGCAUCUUUGUUCAGAAAAAGUAAUUGAAGAUCAUCGUUACCUCUGGAGAAGAGUUGCUGGAUUGGCCUCGCUGGUUGCUCUGUUGGAUAACACUUCGGCUUCUUAGAAGGGACAUUUUCUUUUCAUUCUCUUGUAUGGCACUUCUAUUUCUUGCCCUUGCCAUCUCUUGUACAGCUUUUCCUUAGCCUAAU